UCGCCGAGUUGGCACAGGCGCGCGAGAUCACGCGCUGCUAUAACUACACUCACCUCCACACACAAGAGAUCCAUACCAUAAACGGCACCACCACAGGUAACCGACGUCUCAGCAAGCUAUCUAAAAUGGCCACGGAUGAGUACAAGCCGAUCAACAGAGCUGAGGCACCCACCACAGCCUACGCCGUGACUGGCCAGCCUGUCCCUCAGGCUGCGGAGGCAGCGCCUGUCAUGGCCGCGCCUGGAGCACCCACCACGGGCAUGUGGGUGGAGGAACGCUACUGCGGACUGACCACCUGGUUGAUAACAGUCGUCGGCAGUUUUCCGUGCAGUUACUUCUGCCCUUGCGAUCGCAGGACGGUGUGGGUCGCCGAAGGCAAAAAGUACAACGAAAAGGGAGCUAUUGUGGACGACCGGCUGUUCGUCAACCCGUUUCAGGGGCGAUAGUGCGGAAUGUACAUUGAUGUCACAGUGUCUUGUGUCAAAGUGUUGUGUAUCCCUAGCCUUGGCACCCAGUGGCACCUUGCGCCCAUAUAUUGUGUCGUGUGUAAUUUGUUUAUUUUGUAGGCGGGCCAUCUGUUCAUGUGGUUUUCUUCGUGCGGAAAUUUUCGCGAUUCUGUUCUGUUUGGAGCUGACUACAUCGAUCAGGGAGUUGACGUGGUUUCAAGUAGAACUUGCCAUGUAGUUAGGACGUUGCCCUGUAGGUGAUGCUGUGAAUCUAAAUCACUGGAUUGAAGCCGGUUUUGACAGCCCAUAGGUCAGGUUUUGCAACCUCCAAAGAGGUUUCUAUCCGUUCCUGGCCUAUGACUUUCGUUUGCAUCAAGUAGCGAUAUCGCGCAGUCUAGCGUUUGCUUCCUCCGACCUCAUACAAGCAGCUGAAGAUUUAGGAUAAAGUCUGCUGUUGUGCAUUGAAGGUUGUUCCUUGAAGCUGGCUGAAGAAGUUGGGACUUGAGCAUACGUGCCCGUCGAUUGGUGUUUGGAGAUAUUGAUAGAAAAACGCGCAACAAUCUGUUUUCUCGCUGAAAAUGCAGCGACUGGGAGAUGGAUCACGUGCAGAUUGUUUCAUUGGUACCUUGGGUCAGCUUUCGCGUGGAGAUUAUCGGAAUUGGCUGGAUGUUCUGGUCGGCCGCCCGUCCCAAAAAAAAGGAAGCAUCUGCACGAACGAAGGCAUGAUUCUUAUCAGCAUCGCUGUUUUGGUCAGAAAUGCACGAAUGAAUGUUGGACAUCUGAAAUGUCCUUGUUCAUGGAUUCUCUCUCGGUUUCCGUUUCCGCUUAGUUACGUGAGAGAGGUGCGGUGGUUUGGUUGGGUCCGUGCAGUUGAAGGCGGAGGAAAUCCCCUGAAAACAAGACGGGCUGCCCCGGUGGUCGGUUAUCGGGGAAGGACCCCAAACACCUAUAUUUUGCGGUGAGAUGUGAUUUCUCCGCCUUGAUAAGUACUUUGAUUGGGAAUAACAGUUCAAGUGAAGGAAGUAUUUAAACCACAGUUUGAUGCUCUCCUCGUGAUUCAAGACCUGCGCCGCAAACGAAAUAUCUUAGAGUUAGAUUCUUCGGUUCGGCCUGUGAUGGUAACUCCUUUGCUAGAGGGCGUCGCCUCCCUCGGGUUUUCUAGUUCGAUACUUGAACGAUGGGAUACAACGGAAAUUUUCAGUUUGAAGCCAUCGACGCGGCUGAUAUCAACAUGCGUUGAGAGAGGAAAAUUCCUUGAUGCAUUCUAAGGACGCGAUGCGUUCUUGGGCUCUUGCACAACAACAAAGUGUGUUCAUCAUUGUGUCAGAAAAACAUCUGACAAGUCCGCCGAAUCGGGGCCAGAACAGUUGUUUGUGG